GCGAGAGGAGUAGCAAUCGUAGCAUUCAGGAGACAGGAACAUGAAUGAUUCCACCCAUGGACUUCGGCCCAGCCCUCCGAGCAAAGGCUGCACAUAUCAAGAGAAAUUCAAGAACAUUCUACUGCCCGUCACCUACUCAGUGGUGCUCGUACUUGGCCUGACUCUAAACCUGACGGUCAUUGUUCAGAUCUGGCUCUCUCAGAAGCCGUUGACCAGGAAUGCCAUUUACAUGGUUAACUUGGCCACGGCCGACAUCCUGUACGUCUGCUCCCUACCGCUCCUGAUCUACAACUACAUUCACAUGGACUACUGGCCCUUUGGCGAGACCCUGUGCAAGGCCACCCGCUUCCUCUUCUACGCCAACCUACACGGGAGCAUUCUCUUCCUCACCUGCAUCAGCUUGCAACGGUACAUUGGCAUCUGCCACCCGCUGAGCACCUGGCAUAAGAAGCGGGGCCCUGGGUUUGCAUGGGCAGUCUGUGGCCUGAUUUGGGCCUUUGUGGUGGCAGUGUGCGCUCCCACCUGGAAAUUUGCUUCCACCGGGAUCCAGCGCAACAGGACCGUGUGUUAUGACCUGAGCAGCCCCGAGCAGUCCCUUUAUUACUUCCCAUAUGGAAUUACCCUGACGGUGGUAGGCUUUACCAUCCCAUUCACCGGACUACUGGCAUGUUACUGUGCCAUGGCAAUGGAGCUCUCCAAACCUGACCAGGCGCUGGGCCACGCCAUCCGCCGCAAGAAGAGCAAGGCCCUGAGGAUGAUUGUCAUCGUGGCCGUAGCCUUCAUCAUUAGCUUCUUGCCUUUCCAUCUGACUAAGACCGCCUAUCUCAUCAUCCGCGCUCAGAGCUCCGUCUCCUGCCUGAUGCAACAAGGUUUUGCCCGGGCCUACAAGGCCACGAGGCCUCUGGCGAGCAUGAACAGCGUCAUGGACCCCAUCCUGUUCUACUUCACCCAUGAGAAGCUCAGGCAGAGCACACGCUUGCUGUUGCAAAGGGUCAACACCAACCUGAAGGCUAGGGUGCGCAAGAAUGAGGAGCGAUGAGACCUGACCUCCCUCACCUUUGUCCAGCUACAUCAGCCAACUUGGGCAGAGCCUGGUUAAGUUAGUCUGAUUGAAUUGGACCAGUACAUCCCACCCAGUGAUAGCCACACGCCUGACUGCGUGGCAUGAUUUGGAGGAUUGACACGGUUGGAGUGUGGCCUGCAUGAGCCGCGUUUGUGAACAAGCAACAUCUGACACAACGCGCUACCACCUGAGCCCCAGAUGCUGGCAACUGAGCACUGGAGUAAGUGUGAUGGCCAGAGAUAAGCAACUGCAUUGGCAAUGCACUGACACAGACUCUUGUUUUAACCCAAACUGCAGAUGCAACCAACAUUUCAUCCCUCAUUACACAAAAUUAAAGUACAUAAAUCACUUUAAAAAGAGGGAUUGCAAGUAUUUGUGACUCAAAAAUUGGUUCUUUCCUAAGCAUGGACCUUGGUGUUUAGACUCAUUCCAAUUCUGAGCCUUUCGAUUUUUGGAUAUCUUUGACUGCAUUCCCAGUCUUUCAUCUCUUCACCCAAAGUAUGGUAUCUUCUUGGGUUACAUAAAGACAUAACUACUGUUUACCACAUCCAUAACUUUCACUCUACCUCAGCUCAUCUGCUGGUGAAACCUGACUUCAUGCAUUUGUUACAUUUGGACUUGACCUCUAGAUGGUCUCACACAUUCUACCCUCAGUAACCUUGAUGCCAUCCAAAGUUUGCCAUGAGUCCUAACUCACAGCGAGUCCCUUUCCCCUGUUAUCCUUGUGUGCUGCUAACCAGCAUUGACUCCAGGUCAACAAACAUUUUGGUUUUGAAAUUCUCAUUCUUGUUUUCAAAUCCUUUUGUGGUCUCACCCAGUCUCUCAACCCUCCAGGUACUGUGUGCGGUUCUGGUCACUGCAAAAUGUGAUUGCAUUGGAGAGGGUGCAGAAGAGAUUCACCAGGAUACUGCCUGGGAUGGAGCAUUUCAGCGAUGAAGA